UAAUAUCUCAAACUAGACAUAGAUUGUUUAAACCGGUCUAAGUUAUCUAGUUCCUUCAUUUGACCCUUUAACUACAGCAAUCUAAUUCUUUAUCAUCUGUUUUUAUAUAUAUAUAUAUAUAAAAAUGUAGAGCACGUUAAAUAAACGUCUGCUUGACUAAAUGUAAAAGUUUAGCUGGCUAAGACGGUCAGGCGCAUCAAUUCAAUCCGGAAGUAGCCUAAUCCAUUUCCUCUUUAUUAGCGCUCUCGGUAACUUUAACUACAAUAACAAAGCGUAAUAUAAUUUGUGCUACAGACCGGUGUGUUUGAGGCGGUGUGCCACUAGAUCCUGUAAACAUGAAGACAAAGACUUUACUGUGUGACCUGAAGUCCAAGUACGCUGAUAAAUCUUGGAAUGAGACGGUUCAGCUGGUGAGGAGAUGCGUGGAAAAAACAAAAGGAGACGGCAGAGUCUGUGAGCCAGUCGCAAAAUGUCUUCAGAAGAUCAACGAGGCGCUCAACGUGUCCUCCUUGACCUCAAUGGUGUCCCGGCUAGAGAUGAUCGCAAAGCAAAGAGGGUUGGGGUCACACAUGAGCCCCACCGAGACCGUGUGUUACCUGACAGCGGACCUGUUUUAUCUGGAGGUGGUGCUGCUGCCGGCUGGAAACGUGGAAGAUGUGAGGGUGGCCCAUCACGGCGACGCUCCUGUGUCCAGCCCGUCACUCCUCCAGUUGUUGAGGUUGAAGAAGUUUCAAGAGUUCUCUCUAAAGUUGGAUGAUCUUGCCUCCUUUUACAACAUCCCAGGAGACAGUGAUGUGAAGAUUAAAAUCUACGCCUCUCUUCGACACCUGGAAACCGAUCUCUUCAAAAUAUCCCAUUUACCAAGGUCUUUGAGAGAGAGUGACCUUCACGUUGACCUCAUUAUGAACGGCAGGAUCGGGAACGUCCAGCCGGGAAAAGAGGGAAGUCCAAUGACAGUGGAGUACUACAUCAGUCCAUUAGAUGUGCUCAUGGGUUUGUCAAACACAGGUGAGGUUGGCGGAGGUCAGAUGGCUCUGGUGACGCUGAGGAGCAGUGACGCCUCACACAGACUUCAGAGGGAGUCUCUGAUCUCCUGUCCACCUCAGGUCGACUCGUUCGGGUUUCCAGUGUUUCAGCCGCUCACCGAAUCCUGCUCUGAUUUACUCCCUGCCACCUUUCUUCUCAAACUACAGCCGCCCUUACCCAUGCUUAUGUCCUUCGUAGAAAAAAUGGGCAGCAUCACAGAUGGAGUUAUAGCUGAGAAAGCCCAGCAGGUGGAGCCUUUACCUCAACUUCUCAUGAAGACCAGCAGAACACUGAACUCAAAGACCUCCUGGACAGAAGGGCUUCAGUUUGUUGUGCCAUUGCUCGCCUCGGAGUGCCACAGUUAUGUGUUCCCUGGGGCCGAAUGGGGCCGAGAGUCCUGGAAAGGAGCCUUAAUUCACACAGUCCCUUUCACACACCCCGGCCACGUCCCUGCCUUGCUGGAUCUCCUUCGCCAUCAGUCUGCCAUCAACGUCCUGCUGGCCAGCUGCUUCAGUAACCACAGCCGCCACAUAGGUGCUGGCUUGCUGUAUGACCUGAGAUGCGAGAUCCUUCCAGAAACCGACCACUGCCUUUCUGUUACGUUCAGCUUUGAUGAUAACGACCACCUGGCCGUCCUUCAGGUGACGGUGGUGGACUCUCAUCAGAUGAGCUGCAGACUGUUGAUGCCUGGUUUUGUGGAUCAUAAACUGGAUGACUACAUAUCCAGGGUCCUUAGGCGAUGCAUGUCCAUUCCCAUCACGAUGAGGGCCAUACGCAGGAAAGUGACGCCUCUCGCCGCACCUGCAGCUGUCCCAGAGUCCUCUGCUGCUCCCGAGAUCAGCUCCGUGCCCCGCGAGGCCGCCGAAGACGCGAGCCUGGCCUCUCCUCCUCCUCCGGGAUACUAUCUUAUGUCUGUUAGUGGCCCAGUGGCUGAUAAUACAGUGAACACAGAAGCUGUGGCUAACCGUUCUCCCUGUGCUUCUCUGGGUGUGUAUUCACACUGGGCGACCGGUGGCCUUCCUGCAGAGCUUCUGUAGCGUACACCAUUUUAGAAUAAUCUCAAAUCAUUAAAUAAAAUAAAUCUUAAAUAAAGGUGUUCUCUCAAAAGCCUAUAGAAAGCGCUUUCAUCCUACAAAUAUCCCUUUUAGACGUGCACUCUGUUCUUUUUCCAGAAAACAAGCAGUUAGUGAAAAACCAUAACAGCUUCUCGAUUUUUCUGUUCUAUAUAUUCAAGUUCAUUAAAAUUUAAUAAAUAUGCAAUUAACAAAAGCAAAAGAUGACUAACACUACCAUACUCUUCACAGUUGUUUCGUAUUGUUGCCGUUUUCUUUGUCACUUGUUGGUUUUGAAAAAUUGUCCACUAAAAUGUCAAACGUAAACAAAUUAAAUUAAAAAAUGGCUGUCUAUAUUAAUUGCUGAAUCACAGAACA